AUGAUAAUUGAAAAUAGGAAAAAAGACUUAGAAAUUAGGAUAUAUGAAGAAGAAAUAUAUGAAGAUUUACAAAAAGCAUAUAAAGAAAAUUUUUCUAAAUACGUUAAUGAAGAUAAUUAUGAAAUUUCUACUUAUAAAGCAAGUGCAAAUAUAUUAGAUUACAAAAUAUAUCAUGAAGAUUUUCAGAAUAAAAAUAAAAAAAAUGAUUCUGAAAUUAUACAUAAAAAUAUUGAUGCAAAUAAAUCAUUUAAGAAAUUCGUAGGAAAAAAAAUAAACAUUAAAAACGAAUAUUAUGACUUAAUUAUAGAAGAUGGAAAAAAUAAAAAGGAAAUAAUAGACAGAUAUAUUCCAUUUUGUAAAUAUAAUACAGGAGUCCUUUCAAGAAUUAUUGAAAUAAAGAAUAUACUUUCAAAUAUUAAAAAUCACAUAAAUUCUAAAACAAAACUUAUAAAUAAUAAAAAAUUAUUAGCUACAGACGUUCUUUCCGAUUUACUAGAAAUAGAUAAUAAAAUUAGUGCAAUUAUAAAAUAUGGUGAGAUAUAUGAUCUUAAUUUUUUUGAUAAUGUAAAAUAUUAUAAAUAUGUAAAUAAUUCAAUAAAAUAUAAAAAUUUAAACAUUUUUGAAAUUAUUCAGAAGUUAAAAAGAAUUCCCAAUAAUGAUCAAUUAUAUAAGAAAAUUAAAAUUGUAAAUUUCAAUAAUAUAUUAUCAAUUCAGAAAAAAAAUCUUUACAACAAAUUCAAAGAGAUUGUUUACAAAAUAGAUGAUUUUCAGUCUUUAUCAUAUGAAAAUUGUUUUAAUGAAAAAGAAAAUAUUGCAAGUAUUUUACUUUCCUUUUACUUAUUUAUAAGUUUAUCCUUAAACGAGAAUAUGAACAAAAGAAUACUUAAUUAUAUAUAUUUAAUAAAUUUAAAAAUAAAAAAGUGCAAAGAAUACUUAGAAAAUGAAAAAAAUAAUAAAAUACUAAAAAUGCUUUCUAAUUUUAAAUCACUUACAAAUAUUUAUUAUGAUGAAGAAUCUUUUAAAGAAGUAUUUCUUCUAAAUUUAAAUCAAGACAAUGAGGCAUUAUUACAAUUAUAUAAAAAAUUACUAGAUAAUGAAAUAAAAGUUGAUUUAAUAUCGCAUGAAAUCAACAAAAUAAAUAAUAUAAUUGAAUUAAUAAAUAAAAAUUUAGAUAAAAACAAUGAAAUAAUAAAAUCAUUAUUUAGUAAAUUAUAA